UUUAUUCUAUUUGUGUCUGUUCACUUUUUGGAUUUUGCGUUUUAGUAUUUGGUGUCAUAAAUAGUUUCCAAGUUUUUAAUUAAAAUGGCGUUUACUAUUGGAGAAAUAUUUACGUUUGCCAAUUGUUCUAUUAACUCACGUAAUGUUGUAGAAGGAGAGCAAGUUUUAAAAAGUAAUCAAAUAAUAUUGUGUGGAAAAAUUGUUAAGGUAUAUUACUUAUAUAUUAUUAUAUUUAAACAAAUCAUAGUAUGUAAUACUUGUAAACAAUAAAUCAUUAAUCAAUAAACAAUAUCAUUAAUCAUUAAUCAAUAUAUUAUCUUAUAUGCAUUUAACUUUCAAAUUUAUAAAGUUUAUAAAACAGUUUGCUUUUAAAUUUUAAUUAGGAAAAUGAAAUACAAAUUAAAGCAUUAGUCAUACAAAGUUCUCAUAUAAGAGAAAUGCCGCAUGAAAUAACAGGCAAAAUAUCUACAGUGCCUUUGCUUAAAAUUGUAACAUUUGCUUGUACAUGUGCCGCUGGACUUUCAGAAUGCUGUAAACAUAUUGUUGCUAUUCUUUUGCUUUUAAAUAGGUAAAAUUUUAUUUAAUUUGUUGUUUACCUAUCGCUGCUUACCUCCUUAAUUAUUUUUAGGAUGUAUACACUUAUAUGCUUUAAUAAGAAUUAAUAUAAUAUAUACAAUUCUGUAUUUAAUACUUAUUCACUUUUAAGUUGUAUAAUAGUCAUUAUUUUACCAUUUUUACAUGUUACCAUGUUGUAAUUAUUUGGCAAGAAAUUCUUUGGAUGAAAUAGACACACUUUCUUCUACUGAUAUUAGAUGCCAAUGGACAAAAUUAAGAGAACCAUCACUGGAACAAUUUAAACCAGUUCCCAUUUCCAAAUUUUGUUGUGUUGGAAAUAGUAUUGAUUGUACAUUAUCGCAAUCUAAAACAUCUAUAAGAUCAGCACUUAUUUCAGCUGCACCUUAUUCUGCCAUAGCACUGCAUUCAAAAGGAAGAAAAUCAUUCGAAUUAAGUAGUGAUGUUUCCUCAGCUGAAAUUCAUGAUGAACCUUUUCAAAUUAUAAGCAAUCAACUUCUUGAUUUGAUAUCUGAAUAUUCAGUUUUAAACUUGGGUGAUUGUUGUCAAAAACUGUAUGAUUGUAAAGUGGCACUAAAAAUGCCUCCUUCAAAAAUUAGAAAUUUAUCUUUAAAUGACAAUUCUUUUUGGCACCAAAUUCGCCAAUUUAAAAUAACAGGUAGUCGUUGUCAUUCCCUUUAUACCUAUUAUAUGUCUUCUAAUAAAUCUGACGAAAAAUGGUCUAAAAAAGCAAGCAGUUAUUUUUGGCCAAAGUCAUUUUCAAAUAAAUUUGUUAAGCAUGGAAUAAAGUAUGAACAAGUUGCUAGAGUGUUGUAUGCUGAAACAACUAAGCAAAAAGUAAUUCAAUCUGGUUUCGUUGUACACUACCAAACUCCUUGGCUUGGAUAUUCACCGGAUGGUAUAGUUUUGGAUGGCUCAAAUGUUCCAAUAAAAUUAUUAGAAAUUAAAUGCCCAUACUUAGGAAGUAGCAAAAGUGUACCUGAGUUAAUAAAUGAUUUGAAAUAUAUAAUUAAAAACUCAGAUGGUUCUUUUUCUUUAAACAAAAGGGAUGCAUAUUAUGCACAAGUUCAAUUGGGACUUGUCAUGUUAAAUCUUGAAACUUGUGAUUUUGUAAUAUAUAGUAGCUUAGAACAUAAGUAUAUUAUUCUGAAGACAGAUUUUGAUUAUGAGUAUUGUAAAAAAAUGUUAUGCACAUUAAAAAUUAUUUAUUUUGAAAAGUUAAUACAUGAAAUUUGUAAUAUGGAUAUAGUUGUACAAUAAAUUUGUUUUAUA